AUGCCUAGUCUUGUACAGGUGGAGAGUUUCGUUCUUACGACGAACACGCACGGCGUCGAACUACGGGCCCCAAUGAAGGAGUACACGAGAACAUUUGGUUCAGAGAAGGGCACUGGGGCCACUGGAGUGAUUCUUCUGCUCGGGCAUGGAGCAGGAUUCUUCGAUGGGUUUCUCAAGUCGAAGGUAACAGAUAUUUGGAACUAUGGAGAUGGAUUCGCUACGCUUGUGAACUCGGGCCUCCUGGGACCUUUCGACCGCGGUCGAAACCUCGGCUGGCGCGGUUGGGGUCCACCGAAUUCUUCAACCCGCCUUCCCGACUUCUCGCGGAUUAUCAUCGUCGAUCCUGCGAUGACCAGCAAUGCUUUCGACGACAAAGAGUCAGACAUCUACCGGUUCGUCAAAUCCACCACCCCAACAAGGAAAGACACCUGGUGUAAUCCUGACACCGCGGCUGCAUGGUUGAAGGCUCGGUUACCCUGGGCUACUUGGGAUGAAAGGGUGUUUGACUGUCCGGUCGACGAUGAUGCGGGCCAUCGACGUGGCAAAGGAAAGAAACACGGUCUUCGCGCCCUCCCGACGGUGUACUAUCCUGACAAAAUGUCCGAAGUAACUCUUACUACCCAUCGACUGGCAGAAAAUAUCGCUUUCGAGGGCAAGCAAUACGCUUCGAAUGCACUCGACCAGCUCAGCCAGAUUUGCAUACAUCUGCCCGCUCAUUUAAUCUUCGGAGGGAAGAACGAUCUCUUGUGA